AUGGCUCCCGCGUCCCUGCAGCUGCUGCCAUGUACCCCGCCGGUCCCCCGGCCGGCCCGGCUCCGCGCCGCGGCCGCCACCCCCCGCCCGGGCGCCCCGCGCAGCCGCCGCGGCCCUCCGUGCCCGCCCCGGCCCCUGCCGCGCGACCCCGCGUGGCCAUGAAGAUGGCCUUCCGCAAGGCCUACUCCAUCAAGGACAAGCUGCAGGCCAUCGAGCGCGUCAAGGGCGGCGAGCGGCAGGCCAGCGUGUGCCGCGACUUCGGCGUGCCCGGCGGUACGCUGCGUGGCUGGCUCAAGGACGAGCCGAAGUUGCGCUGGUUCCUGGAGCAGCUGGGCGGCGAGGUGGGCACGCAGCGCAAGAAGAUGCGGCUGGCCAACGAGGAGGAGAUCGAUCGCGCCGUGUACUCGUGGUUCCUGGCGCUGCGCCAGCACGGCGUGCCGCUGUCGGGGCCGCUCAUCCAGGCGCAGGCCGAGGCCUUCGCGCGCCAGAUCUACGGUCCCGAGUGCACCUUCAAGGCCAGCCACGGCUGGUUUUGGCGUUGGCAGAAGCGUCACGGCAUCUCCAGCCAGCGCAUCUAUGGCGAAGCCGAGACCCCGGCCGUCGGCCCCGCGCCCGGCCCGCCGGUCAAGCAGGAGUGCGCACAAUCCCCUGGCACCAACCCCCUGCCCGGCCGCGCCCCAGUCCCGCCGCCCCCUGCCGAGGGCGGCUACGGUGAUGAACAGAUAUACAAUGCCAAUGUCACCGGCCUCUACUGGAAGCUGCUUCCAGAGCAGGCUGCACCCCUGGGCGCCGGGGGCUGUGGCCGGCGCUGGCGGGGCGACCGGGUGACGGUGCUGCUGGCCGCUAACCUGACUGGCAGCCACAAGCUGAAGCCGCUGGUCAUCGGGCAGCUGCCGGACCCGCCCAGCCUGCGCCACCACAACCAGGACAAAUUCCCAGCCUCAUACCGCUACAGCCCAGACGCCUGGCUCAGUCGUCCUCUGCUGCGGGGCUGGUUCUUCGAGGAGUUCGUCCCGGGCGUCAGGCGCUACCUGCGCCGCAGCUGCCUACAGCAAAGGGCCGUACUGCUGGUCGCCCACCCGCCCUGCCCGAGCCCGGCCGCCAGGAUGCCCACCCUGGAGGAGAGCGAGGAGGCCCCCAGGCGGUUCCGGCCUGAGCCCCUCAGCCCCCCGGAGGAGCUGCAGACCCCUGACGGGGCCGUGCGAGUGCUGUUCCUGUCCAAGGGCAGCAGCCGAGCGCACAUCCCUGCGCCGCUGGAGCAGGGAGUGGUGGCUGCCUUCAAGCAGUUGUACAAGCGGGAGCUGCUUCGGCUGGCAGUGUCCUGCGCGGGGGGAUCCCCACUGGACUUCAUGCGCAGCUUCAUGCUCAAGGACAUGCUCUACCUGGCCGGCCUCUCCUGGGAUCUGGUGCAGGCGGGCAGCAUCGAACGCUGCUGGCUGCUGGGCUUGCGGGCGGCCUUCGAGCCCCGGCCGGAGGAGGAGUGCGCUGGGCAGCGAGCGGGCCAGGCUGAGGAGGCGGCUGAGCACAGCAGGGUGCUCAGCGACCUCACGCACCUGGCUGCCCUGGCCUACAAGCGCCUGGCGCCCGAGGAGGUGGCCGAGUGGCUGCACCUGGACGACGACGGGGGGCUGCCUGAGGGCUGCAGAGGGGACACAGGCCCCGGCCGGCCCCCUGCGCUGGCUCCCGGGGCCCCUCCGCUCCCGGCCAGCCUCCCCUCCGUCAUGGAGGGCGGGGAGGAGGAGGAAGAGGCCGCCGUGCCCACCGCUGGAGAGGCUGUUCGGGGUCUGGAGACAGCCCUGCGGUGGCUGGAGAGCCAGGACCCCCAGGAGGUGGGGCCGCUGAAGCUGGUGCAGCUGCGCUCGCUGAUCAGCAUGGUCCGGAGGCUGGGGGGCGUGGGGCCCUCGCCUGCAGCCCCUGAUGAUGGGGUGUGAUCGAGCCCGCCCUCCUGGCCCCCCGGGGGCCUUUGUCCUGCUGCUCCUGGAGGGAGGGGACGCACAGUCUCGCCUUUGCCCUCCUCCCCUUCCCAGGGGAGACCCUCCCCAUGGUGAGGGGUUACAGGGAUCCGAGCUCAGCCUGGCUUGGAGGGGCUCUUGGUGAAGGGUCACCCUGCUCCACUGGUUGCCCAGUCUCCCCUGGGGGGGCUGGCAGAGAGGCCCUGGGCUCAUGCUCCUCCCUGAGCCAGGAUGUGGGGUCCGUGGUCUCAGCCAGGGCCCCUCCCACACACACCUGGCUCGCACACGCCACAGCACUUAGUGCAGCGCAGUGCGCUGUGCUCCCGCCCGGGCCACGUGGGGCUGAGGCCUCCAGCCCGCCCCCCCUCCGCCGGGGGCCUGGCACUGGGUGCAGGCCAGUUCUCCUGUUCACCCCGAGCGCUGGUGCUGUGUGGCUCUUGUGCCAUGUGAUCCCCGUGGGGAAGCACACCCCUGGGUUUUAAUUG